AUGACUGCCGUGCGCUCCUUUCUGCUCGUGGCCCUAGUCGGCCUUGCGACCGGCCAAUAUGAAGGCUGGGAACCUGAACAAGUUGCAAGCACGAUGUGCUAUUGGGAUUCUCCGCGAGCUGCUGUUAUACGCGACACAGUUUGGCUAGAUGGCGGCGUUCUCACCUGGAUUCCGACCAUGAGGGAUGGAAGCCCUGGUGACUUAUCUUCACUGAACAACCCGAAGGGACUCAUGUACUCCUUCAGCUUCAACAAGUCGUUUGAGGCGACAACAAACAUCACCACGCUGAUUAACACCACAUCAAAAGGUAACAGCAUUUCUGCUAACAUGAUCGAUGGCGCACUACUAUACAACGAUGAGGAGCUUUUUAUGUAUGGGGGCGUACUCCGCAUCAGAACGGACGCCGCCGCUCCCCCAGACGGAGACAAAGCCCCUGUUUGGCGUUACUACAACGAAAACAACGCCCCUCUAUUCGAGGCUGGAGGCAGCGAGAUACCCUUCGGCAACGGUAUCACGAGAUAUGUCGCCUAUGGAGGUGCUGCCAGCGCCCCAUCAGAGAACAAGGCCUGGUACGUGGGAGGCUUGCGCUCCUCCGCAUGGGGCGAGAUCUAUCGCCAGAGCACCAGCAGCAAUCUCACGGCGAGCAAUACCUCAAACACCCUCAUCACCCUAGACAUGACGAACCAGAACUUCGAAAAGUUCUCGAACGAUUCGCUGCCCCCUGAGAUCAAGCCCAGAGCGAAUCCAUCUGUCGUGUGGGUGCCGGUCGGCAAGGAAGGCAUACUCGUCGUUGUGGGAGGCGUCACAAACCCGGAGGUCGCUAACUACGCCGCUCGCAAGUCGAAAGACCCCGUUCUCAACGAGCGAGAAAGCCCGGAGUUCAUGAAGAAGAUCGACAUCUACGACGUUGCCAGCAAGUCAUGGUUCCAACAGGAGACGGAAGAUGGUCCACCUGCUUUGACAAAAGGCUGUGCCGUGGUAGCUACUGCCCAGGACGCUUCCAGCUUCAACGUUUACUACUACGGUGGAUACGCUGGCGUCGACAGCAAGACGGGAUUCAACGACGACGUCUGGGUCUUGUCUCUGCCAUCGUUCCAAUGGAUCAAGGUCUCCCAAGGCACCGAACUCCACGCGCGUGCUGGCCAUCAGUGUGUGAUGCCAUACCCCGAUCAGAUGAUGGUCAUUGGAGGCUUCGCACCGGAGUCCGGUGGCGGCAAACCGCCUUGCCUCGAUAAAGGACUCUUUCGCAUGUUUAACGUCUCCAGCGCCGAGUGGUCGGACGAGUACAGUCCUUCGAAGUGGUCCAACUACACCGUUCCUACUGCCGUCCAGAGCAAGAUCGGGGGCAACGGCCAAGGCUCAGCAACGGCGACGGUACCCGCUGUGUCAGGCUGGGCAGAUCCCAGCGUGGAGGCUAUUUUCGCGACUCCCUACGCAACCAACAAGAUCAACACCUGGUACCCCUAUUCCGAAGACAAGACCAGCGCUCGACCAACCAUCACCGGAGACCCUGGCGGUGGCGGCGGUGGCGGUGGUGGUACCCCGAAGUGGGUUGCCCCCGUUCUCGGAGUUGUCCUGGGCCUCGUCUUCAUCACGGCCAUCCUCGUCGGUUUCUGCCUCUGGCGUCGGCGCAAGGUUCUUCGUCGCGGCAAUGGCACCGCGACUGCCACCGACGACAACGGAUCGCGCAUCAUCUCCUGGAUGAGGGGCCAGCCCAGUGAACCCGCAAAGGCCCCGACUGUCACCACGGAGGAGGCCUCCACGCAGGACAUGGCAGAGGUCCGAACACCGCCUCCUGCUCCGGCGGCAUCUCCCGCCCCGGCUGUGGCUCAUGAAAUGGCCGACAACCACAUCGCCGAGUUGCCUGACACCUCUCCUCGCGCAGAACUCCACGGCGUAGGCCUCACCCCCGUCGAAAUCAUCAACAAGCACACCCACUUCGGCCGCGGCGACGCCUCCAACCCCGCCACGACGCACCAGUCCUCCUACUACGCCUCCGUCUCCAGCAACGAGAACGCCUCCUCGCUCUCGCGCUCCUCGGGCGUCCUCGGCUACCAGACGCGCGCCCAGUCACCGUCCCCGGGCCCGCCGUCCCCGCCCAUCACCAACUCCGUCCCCGCGGGACGCCACGACUCCGACGUCUCGGGGCUGAGCGACCAGGAGGCGCGACACCUCCGACACGUCAGCCAGGCGACCGUCAGCUCGGCCUCGUCCGGCGGGGAGCAGGAGGUCUCGUCGUCCGGGGCGCAGCAGGGCGCCCGGGGCGUCCCGGCCACCGUUCCCGAGACGCCCACGCCCGGGAUCCCCGAUAUGCCGACGCCGGGGCACCCGAGUCCGCUGAGUCCGCCGACGGGGGCUUCGGACGGGGAGGAUUACAUCUCGGCGAGGAUGCUGCCGGUUAGUCCUGCCGGGACGGGGACGUUGAGGAGGAGUAUGUUUCACGAGAGUGAGGACGAUCUUGGAUCGAGGAAGUAG